GGACAGUAUUGUCAUUUACUACUGAUGCAGAUGAAAACCCUACUUAUAUAAUUUUGCUCCAAUCUUAUCGUUCAUUUUUUGGUCGACGGCGGUGGUGCAGCUAAACUACAGCCAUGGCAUCAGAGAAGAAGCUGUCGAAUCCAAUGAGAGAGAUCAAGGUCCAGAAGCUUGUUCUCAACAUCUCCGUUGGUGAAAGUGGAGAUCGUCUCACAAGAGCUGCUAAGGUGUUGGAGCAACUCAGUGGCCAAACCCCUGUUUUCUCUAAGGCUAGGUACACUGUGCGGUCUUUUGGAAUCAGACGUAAUGAGAAGAUUGCUUGCUAUGUUACUGUUAGAGGUGAGAAAGCAACUCAGCUCUUAGAGAGUGGUCUGAAGGUGAAGGAGUAUGAAUUGCUAAGGAGGAACUUCAGUGACACUGGCUGCUUUGGUUUUGGAAUUCAAGAACAUAUUGAUCUUGGAAUCAAGUAUGAUCCUUCAACUGGUAUCUAUGGUAUGGAUUUCUAUGUGGUGUUGGAACGCCCGGGGUAUCGUGUAGGGCGAAGGAGAAGAUGCAAAACUCGCGUGGGGAUUCAACACAGGGUCACAAAGGAGGAUUCAAUGAAGUGGUUUCAGGUCAAGUAUGAAGGUGUUAUUCUGAACAAGGCUCACUUAGUUAGUUAGAUUGUGUGAGAUUUUGUGUUUCUGCAGAAUUUUAAUAUUGUUUCUUCUGGUUUUCUGGAUUUAAACAUUGUUUCUAGACCAGGUUUUGUCUUAUUUUUACUUUUCAGAAUAAUUCUAAUUAUUCUAAGAUUGUUUUAACUAUUUUUAAAGAGAAUUUUGUUUUCAA